UAUUUUUACAACUACAGUAGAGCAGUAACCGCGUGAUCCUCGCCACGUUUCAAUGGCCGAAAAUAAAUGCGCCGAGUGUGAUAAACCGGCGGAAUUAAAAUGUUCCGCUUGCAAGUUAGUCUCCUACUGUUGCAAAGACCACCAGAAGAAGCACUGGAAAUCGCACAAAACGCUAUGCCGACCGUUCGAAAUCACCACGACCAAGGAGGUCGGCAAGUGUCUGGUGGCCACGCGAGAUUUGAGCCCCGGUGACGUCAUUAUCUCCGAGCUGCCUCUGGUGUAUGGGCCCAGACCCCACAUGGUCGAAGAGGGGCCGGUACCAUGCCCAGGAUGCUGCAGGCUGAUUAUUUGCGAAAACUCGCCGAGAUGCCCCGGGUGCGACUUCCCGGUGUGCCACCCACGUUGUCCCGGGUUGAAAGACAUGGAAAAGCAUGGGCACGAGUGCCUGAUUUUGAGCCUGAGGGAGAUUCGGGCCAUAAAUGGGCUCCACGAUUUCUACAGACAAGACACGCUUUUGGCACUUCGUUGUUUACUGCUUCAGAAGAAGAACCCGAAAAAGUUUGCGCAAUUGAUGGAAAUGGAGGCACAUUUGGAUAAGCGAGGCCCAGACACGGAGAUUUAUAAACAAGUCCAAGAACGUACUUUUGACUAUUUGGACGACGCUUUUUUCACUCCACUUAAAGUCCUCCAAGCUAGGACUGGGAAGGAAGUCUUGCAGGACAUUUCAAAGGAAACUGUGCACAAAAUCUGUGGCAUUAUCGACGUUAACGCCCUUGAAAUUAAUCAAGACGCCGAGAUUUCUGUUCUUUACCCAACUGCAUAUUUGAUGGAACAUGACUGUCUCUGUAACACUGUUCACAGUUUUGAUACCGAAGAAAAUGGCUACAAAAUCACAGUCAGGGCCGCUUUACCCAUCAAAAAAGGUGACCAUAUUAGUACCAUGUACACCCAUGCCCUCUGGGGUACCCAGGCGAGACGCGAGCAUUUGAAAGAAACGAAAUACUUCUCCUGCACGUGCAAGAGAUGCAAAGAUCCGACUGAGAUGGGGAGCUACCUCAGUGCCUUGAGAUGUCUGGGCACUGGGGUUGAUUCCUGCGAUGGUUAUCAACUUCCAGCUGAUCCAACCGAUGAUAACACUCAAUGGUUGUGUAAUAAAUGCGAUAUCAAGCUCACAAAUAGCGAAGUUUCGUACUUAAUCAAUCAAAUUGGGGAGGAAGUUGACCACGUCCAGCUGUCUUCACCCACUGUCAAAGACCUAGACAAUUUGCUAUCAAAAAUGUUGACUUUUUUGCACCCAAAUCACUACCACGUCUACUCAGUGAAACAUUCGUUGGUGCAGUUGUAUGGCUACCAACAAGGGUACACCCCUAGUCAAAUCAGCGAUGAUACAGUUCUGAAGAAAGCCGCGAUGUGUCGCGAGUUGCUGGAAGUUACCAGGAAAAUUGAUCCAGGAAAUUCCAGGUUGCCGCUCUAUUCCGGUGUUGUCUAUCACGAGCUGUAUCUUGCUAACAUGAUUAUGAUCAAGAGGAAGUGGGAUUUAGGGAUUAAAUCAAAAGUCAAGUCCAUGUUAGCAAUGAUUAAGGAAUGUCAAGAGAGUCUCAGUCAGGCAUCAGAAGUGCUUAAGUAUGAAACCACCACUCCAGCUGGUGAUAAGCUCCUGAAUUUGAUUGCAUCGUCAAAGAGGGAGUUCCAGAAUUGGGUGGAACGGAACAAAAUUGACUUGACCAAAGUGUGAUUUAAUAAUUUUUUUGGAAAAAAAUUGUUCACUUUCCAAGUAUUUAUUUUAAUAAAAAAAGUGUUUGGUUUUGAAAUCCAUGACAAUAACAUAAUGUUUCAACAGAUAAGAUGGGAAAAUAAAACAAGCUUAAUAAGUUUAA